AUGGAGCGGCCGAUUUCCAAAGCAUACCAGGCGGAGCUGGAACGACAAGCACAAGAAGCAAUCUCGGACAAGGCCACGAUAUCCUUCAUUCGUCGGGCGUUGUGUUCCCGCAACGCCCUGGCCAACACGAUCACAGGCGGAGAGAAGGGUGGAAGUACUCCUCAGCCGAUCGAAGACUUACUGCCUCCUCUCACGAGCUCGAACGACGUCGACCUCCAGCUAUAUGCUAUCAUCGCUGUGAUCUUCAAGGAGUUUGUAUUCACGUGGUACUCCAAAAUCACUCCAGACCAUGUGUUUCCAGAUGAAGUGCUCCAGACUAUAGCACACUGCACAAGAGCACUCGAGCAGCGAGUCAGAAAGGUUGAUCUAGAGGCCCUGCUUCUAGAUGAGAUCCCCGACGUGCUGCAGAGUCAUAUCAAUGCCUAUCGAGUGGCCACAAGAACGUCUAUGUCGAAUGCGUUAGCUUCAAGCAAGCAGCAGAUCUAUCAUACACUCAAUCCACACCCUGCACUAUCGCCUGUGCCAGGCGACAUGAGUUCUUCGAGCACGCUGGAACAAAAGGAGAACGAAGUAGCUUGGCGCCAGCUACUCGUCCAAGGCAUUCUAGCCGUUCUAUUACCCACAGAGGACCUAGAAAAUGGUUGUUUAAGGGCAUUAGUAGCUGAAAUCUUCUCUGAAAUGAUCCUAGGAGGCGGUAUCAGCGAGAAAGCCUGCGAGCCCUGGCUGCUCUGGGAAGCCACUACGAAAAUUAUCGAGACUGUCAAGCCGCGUACGGCGCAAGGAGAACAAUAUGGGACGAAUGUUGCACAGCGUUCGAAUCGGCAUCCUGACCCAGAUUCGACAAACUCCCCGAAAAGCUCUCAGAAAUCUCGACAUCGGCGGGGAUUCCAUCAUGCGGCUAGCUCGGUAUUGAGCUCAUUCUGGGCUGUUCUACAGUACGUUUUUCUAGCGUGGUAUACGAUUCGUGCAGCAAUGGUCAUCCUUGCAAGGUCAUCUUCCUUGCCGUCACGAUCUAUGGCUGCGUGGAGCGUCCCGAUCCCGGUGGAGGACACUACUCAACAGUGGCUAAGGCCCAAAGAACAUACAGCUGCAUUGAUGCAUCAAGACUCCAAGCAACCAGUGGUCAGUAUGAAGGCAUGGAGUUGCAUCUCCCUCGUCAUCGAGCUUGACAGUCACAUGCCCUGGCUUUCGGGAUUUACGUCUUUCCUCCACUGGGCAUCGUUGGAGGGACCAGGCAGGGUGGGUGAAACGGGCGGAGUGCUAGACAGGUUACUCUCGCACUACGUCCACAAUUCCCUGCUGAAUCCGCAGCUGAUACCCCCGCUGUUACGUUCUGUUCGUGCGGCAUUGUUUCCUCGAAAUGCAAUGGCACCGGCGCGGGUACCUCCAAGUCAAGAGGAGAUUUUAGAGAUCAAGCGCCGUUGUGCCAGAUCUGUUGCUAACGUCCUACCCCAGCAAGUCACCAAGGUCUACUUUGCUACGUCAUGUCUGGAUCAAGUAGAAGCUGAAGUCGAGGAUCUGCUGGAUGUUCUGGGAGACAAGUACUGUAACAAAACACUCAUGUUCAGCCUGAUCGAAUUGGUGAUCGUCAGGCUUCUGCCUGAGAUAGCUGACAAGGGUAUCGUCAGCCUGAUGGAAGAACGGCUCGGAGAGAUGAGCUCGAAUAAUUGA